AUGUUUCCCAGGAGCCCUCUACCUCCUCUGGUAUCACCAGAGAAGGAAAAGGGCCUGCCUGAAGUGGUGCUCGCCUCUGUCUAUAUGGCUGAGGCUGAUGUGCCACCACCGCAGGAAAUGGUACGGCUAAUUAACUACUGCGAGCAAAACGGUCAGCACAUUAUCGUGGCUACGGACUCCAAUGCCCACCAUCCUCUGUGGGGCAUGGAACUCGCAAAUGACAGAGGUAAAAGCCUAACAGAAUACUUAUUUACUACUAACCUUCAAAUGCUAAAUAAAGGUAAGGUUCCUACAUCUAUAAACAAAAGAUGUAGAACUAUAACAGUCCUAACAUUAGUAUCAGAGCAAGCGGUGAGUCUUGUCAAAAACUGGCAUGUGUCUGAGGAAGCAUCGUUUUCGGAUCACAGAUGGAUAAGAUUCACCCUACAAACUGCCACCAAAGAACACCAACCGAAACGGAAUCCCCGAAAAACCGAUCGGAAAAUUUACAUACAAAAACUGAACCAGAACCUAAGGGGACCGGUAAAAGCGGAGAGACUGCUGGACACUACACAAAUAGAAACACAGGUCAGAGAACUAACAAUAAACAUAUUGAACAGUUAUAACUCCGCAUGUCCGCUGACUAACUCGGCCCCUCGGCAAGGCCAACACUGGUGGGGGCCUGAACUAGAGAGGCUGAGAAGAAAGGUUAAGAGACGCUUCAAUAGAGCAAUGAACACAUGCGCAGAUGUGGACUGGGAGAACUACAAGACGGCCAAAACUAAACUGAAAAAGUGCAUUCAAACAACAAGCUAA